AUGACCAGGAGGACUAAUUUUACUCUUAUAUCGCUUGCAACGAAUAUUAAUGCCACAAAAGAGCCCGUAGAAAGAGAUCGAUCGGUAUUCAAUCUUCAUCCAAACAAGACCGUUCUCAGAAUCAGAGAUAAUUCUGAUAAGAGAAGGGGGGUUCUUUGUGGAAUUCCUACUUGGGCACUAAUGGCUGUAGCUUCUUCUGAUCACGUCACAAGCAUCUGCCCUCACUGUGACAGAGCUAUUCCUUCCUCAAAUAUUGAUUUGCAUUAUGCUCACUGCUCCCGGAAUCUAGAAAAAUGUAAAGUAUGUGGUGAUAUGGUUCCUAAAAAAUAUGCCGAGGAACAUUUCUUAGGGACUCAUGCUCCGGUAUGUGAGAUCUUGCUUUAG